AUGAUGGAUGUUCAAGAAAGAACAAAUGUCAACUUUGACGACGCACAAUCAUCAUCAAUACCAACAUCAAUGGAUAAAGAAUAUUAUCGACAAGUACCGUAUAGAUUUUUUAACAAUGAAUCAAAUACAGAUGCAUGUAAAUUGGAAAAAUUAACUAAUUUAUUUCCUGAUAUGAAAGAAAUUAUUGAAUUAGAAUUAUUUAAAACGAAUAAUUUAACACGUACAAUCGACCGUCUUUCACGUAUAUAUACAGUUUUAACAGCCCUUGAUAUUCGUGAUGAUACGCUACAUUUAUUUCUUGGUCCAUAUCAUCUUUCACUUGGUCCAGCAUUAUUUGCAGCGCUUCAUUUUAAAAAUGCUUCAGCAGCAUUACUUACAUCAUCAAAUCUAAUAACAACAGGUAAUAGUGAAAAUCAACGACGUAAACGUCGACGCGAAAUUAUACUUCGUCGAUUUCGACGUUCUGUACGAAAAUUAACUCUUGUUAAAUCAAUUAUUGAUCAACUUCGAACAGCUUCGAUACUUACACCAUACAAUCAAUAUGAAUUACAUACACAAGGAAUUUAUGAUCUUGUAUUAGCUGGACAUACACAAUGUUCUAAUUCAACACUUAUUAAUGAUGAUUUUCUAGAACAAUUACGAAACUUUAAUGCCGUAACAAGUGCUGGAGAACGAAGUCCUUUACUUGCAUCAAAUUUUAUUAAAAUACAUAAUAUACUUAGUCUGUUGUCGUCACCUCAACAACAACAACAGCACCAACAUCAACAAGUACAAGCAGUAGAUAAUAGUAUGACAAUAGCAAGUAGCAAUUUGAUACGAGUUCCAUCAAAUGAAUCAAUUACAAAUGCAACAACUAAUAAUGAUCCUGUUGGUUUAAUAAAUUCUACAACAGUAUGUUGUCCAGUUCAUGAUCCAGCACAACCUUAUGUGAUGUUCCCUGUUCGUUCACCAAUGAGUCCUCAACCUGGCCAAAUUUUAUCAUCAGGAAAUCGUUCAAGACGCCUUAGUAAGGCUAAUUCACUAAAGAGAUCAUCUACUAUUUCAAGACAAAAUACGGUCAAUAGUUUGCCUGACUCGACUACUGGUGAUGAUUCUCAUUCAGAACAACCAACAGCCAGAUCAGUAUUGACAUCAGCACAAUCAAACCCCUUAGAAACUGAAUUAGAUAUAUCAACAAAUGUAAUAGCAGAACAUCUGUUUGCUUCAUCUCCUCUUUUCUCAUCAUCGCCGACCAUUAGUGAAGAUGAUGCUCUUGUCAAUCGUAUUUCAUCUAUUUUAACAAGCCACUUGUUAUCUCGCCAAUUCACAUCUACAACACUGAUAACAUCUAAUAUUGCUCAUGAAAACGAGACCAAUUCAAAUUUAAGCGAUAGCGCUAUUUCUCUUUCAACUGGUGGCACAACAGGAGGAAUAAGUAGUGCUGUUACAUAUAAUCAAUUGUCACCAUCAAUUGUCGCCAACGACAUUGAUAAACUUUUACAACGUAUUAAAACAGCUGUUGAUAACAGAUUGUCAAUUGAAACUAAUAGCAAUAAUCGAAUGCGUCAACCAAAAAACAAUCAUCGAAAUUUGUCAUCAAGUCCUAUAAGAACAGCAACAAACAAUCGUCGUCAACAAUUACUUGCAUUACAUGCUGUAUCAUGUCAAGAAAGACAUAUAGAUGAUUAUGAUGUAGAACAUUCUACACCAUCUAAUAACAAAUACAACUUGGAUUUUUCAUCAAAAUCACAAUCCUUCGAUGCGACCACCUUAAUAUAA